AUGGUCAGUUACGUGGAUGCCCCGUGUGUCCACGUGGCCAGAUCACAGUGGCUGUGACACACGGGCCCGUCAGGCCUCCUUGGAGGCCAGGACUUGGACACUGCUCACCAGGGGCUCCUGUCCACCCUGACGCAGACCCAGGUGGCUGUUGUGUGCCAGCCAGAUGGCUAUGCCCGCUCAACCCAAAGACGGUACAAAGCACCGGUCAGAGGUGUCAGGGGCAUCUUUGGGGGUCUUCGAUUCAACGCAGGGGAAGUGACUUCAGAGAAUGGGGACUCGGCUAUGAAAUGGACCCAGUUCAGUUCAGCUUCUAAGUGUCCUCCGGGCAGGGAGGAGGGGAGGGAGGAGGCCCUCCACAUGGACGCUGCCUGCUCAGAACAGCUCCUCCAAGUCCCCCCGUCUCUGGGAGGCACCUGCGCCUGGCACAAACGUUCCCUGCCCAGAGGUUGGAGCCCAGCCAUUCUCCAGAGAGCUCAGUCCUCAUGCAGGGAAAGGAGUCUGGCUCUGGCCGCCCAGGUCUUGCAGGUUGGAGCCCAAUCGUCAUUCCCGGGUGUGAAAUGCCCCUUCGGCUCUCGAUGUCCCACAGACACACGCCACGGCGCGCCCCUCGACUCCCUGCUGGUGGCUGACCGUAAAGCCCUCCCCGGCACCCAGAUCCCACUGGUCCUUCAAGCCGGUGAUUGUGGGCUCAUCGUACUUCUGACCCUGGACUAUAGCUCUCAGACCACGUACAUCCGGGACCUGAAGCAGCACCUGCGGGCCCCUCACCUGCCCCUCCUGCUCCUCCCGGAGCCCAACAGAAGUGCCCUGAAUGUCGCCUCGUUCUUGGUCUCACAGGUGCGGAAACUGAGUAAUAGCAGGCGGCGCCCCCAGCUCUGCGACGGGGACCUCAAGACCUGGCUGCGAAGGUUACACGCAGAGAGGGACAAGGCUCCCAAAGUAGCACAGCUCCAGGUGGCCUGGCCUAUCACAGAUCCCCUGGAGGCGCUGACCCCCAGCACCAAAGAAGCCCGUAUCUUCAGGCGGAUCACAGAGCACCUAGGUCCUGGUUCACAGGGUCAAGAAGGCAGUGAGGGCGCAGACAGCCUCCUUCGUGAAUAUCGCCUGGACCCACAUGCCUACCUCUUAGAUCUGUAUGGCGCCAACCCCCAUGGCGAGUGGUCAUUAGAGACCCCCAAGCCUUGGGACUCUAAGGAGCAGCCCAGAUGCACCACCCGCCCUGCCUGUGUGCCCAGUGUGGGAGCACAGCUGCUUGAGGGGAAGGUCUAG